CAUUUCCAAUUCAAAUGGGAUCCUUGACCAAAUGUUUUACUUCUGGAGCACUUUUGGCUGGGAGAGCCAUUACCGCUUUCUUGGUGCAGUUAUUCUUUUCCGAUUUUUCCCGGUGAUGCGGUUUCUGUUUUAUGACUUAUUUCUUCCGUGUUCUUCUUCUUCUCAGUCCGUGUCCAACCUUACGGCAAAGUGAUCAAUAAUUAUGCUUCCUGUUUCGAUUGCUGCAGCGAUGUCAGCGAUUACUAACAUACGAUACACAAGGCACCAAUGACUGUAAUUUAUGACAACAACACGUCACCGAUGAGUGUCACAACAAGUACCGGUAUUCGUGGCGUGGACGGGGCUAGCGACAAUGAGGACCCAGAACCCAUGACAACCAUACCCUUAAACCAGUCGUCAGGUGGCGGUGGCGGCGGAGGGAGGAGGAAGAAGGAAUCCACAGCUCAGUACAACAAUGAGAGGGAGAUGUGCCUUCAGUAUUUUGAGAAGUGGAGCGAACAAGACCAGCUGGAAUUCAUGGAGCACCUUCUGUCUCGCAUGUGUCACUACCAGCAUGGUCACAUCAAUGCCUUCCUCAAGCCAAUGCUGCAGAGGGACUUCAUCACCUUGUUACCAAAGAAAGGACUAGAUCAUGUAGCAGAAAAAAUUUUAAGUUACUUGGAUGCCAAAUCAUUACGGGAGGCAGAGCUAGUUUGUAAAGAAUGGCAUAGAGUAAUAGCGGACGGUCUCUUAUGGAAAAAAUUAAUAGAGCGGAAAGUUCGAACAGAUCCUUUGUGGAGAGGGCUGUCAGAACGUAAAGGGUGGGGGAUGUAUUUGUUCAAACCAAGACCAGGUGAACAACAUCCUGGGCACUCCUACUAUCGUAAGCUUUACCCUAAGAUAAUCCAAGAUAUUCAAACCAUAGAAGCUAAUUGGAGAAUGGGUAGACAUAAUUUGCAGAGAAUAAACUGCAGAUCAGAAAAUUCCAAAGGAGUAUACUGUUUACAAUAUGAUGACCAGAAAAUUGUGUCUGGCCUUAGAGACAACACUAUUAAAAUUUGGGACCGAAGUUCGCUCCAGUGUUACAAGGUACGAGGGGUGUUGACAGGUCACACGGGUUCAGUAUUGUGCCUACAGUACGACGAACGUGUAAUUAUUAGCGGCUCCUCAGACUCAACUGUCAGAGUCUGGGAUGUGAACACUGGGGAGAUGACCAACACUUUGAUUCAUCAUUGUGAGGCCGUUCUCCACCUUCGCUUCAAUAACGGAAUGAUGGUUACGUGUUCUAAGGACCGUUCAAUUGCUGUGUGGGAUAUGGUAUCGCCUACGGAAAUCAAUUUAAGACGGGUGCUAGUUGGUCACCGAGCAGCUGUUAAUGUUGUUGAUUUCGAUGAAAAAUAUAUUGUUAGUGCUUCUGGUGAUAGAACUAUUAAGGUUUGGAGUACAGGGACGUGUGAAUUUGUACGGACGCUCAAUGGUCAUAAAAGGGGCAUUGCUUGCCUACAAUACAGAGAUAGACUAGUCGUUAGCGGUUCUUCAGAUAAUACGAUAAGAUUAUGGGAUAUAGAGUGCGGCGCAUGUUUAAGAAUUUUAGAGGGUCAUGAAGAACUAGUCCGCUGUAUACGAUUUGACAACAAAAGGAUAGUAUCUGGAGCAUAUGAUGGGAAAAUCAAGGUGUGGGAUCUCCAAGCAGCAUUGGAUCCAAGAGCACCAGCAGGCACUCUAUGUCUUCGAACUUUAGUUGAACAUUCCGGCCGAGUGUUUCGUCUGCAGUUUGACGAGUUUCAGAUAGUUUCUUCGUCUCAUGAUGACACAAUCCUCAUUUGGGAUUUCUUGAAUUGCUCCCCGCCCGAAGGCUCUGGGCCAGCUAGUGGUCGUGGGUGCUCACCAACAGGAGAUGCAAGCUAAUGGUAUGGAGACCUAGUGAUCUAGUGGUUAUUUGUGUUCUGAAAUUUCUGGAAUGUUCAGACGUACGGAGACAUUCCAUGUAAGGUGGUCUGCGAGAGUACAUUUUGAUGUUACUCUUGAGGACUUGAUGUAACUCAGUGCUGUUGUGAGACAUUCUAGUGUUUGUGCACAGUUUGUGCACAUGCGGCACUGGACCUGCAUGUGCCCUGUGAAAACAAGGCGCCUCUGCUCCCCCGGCCCGUCCAUUCUACUGUGGUGUGAUAGGCAAAUUAGAUGACUUGGGUGCAAAGCCACAAGGAAAGUUUUUGCACCUGUGGUUAUUGAGGUACUUGUAUCCUCUGACUAUAUUUGCAACCUGGGGUUUAACUACAGUGUGUGAGUGAAAAUUUACAAAUUUAAGUGUGUAUAUUGGAAAUAACUCGAGAAAAUUGUCGAACCGUCAAGUAUGCUGCAAAUUACAUAUUUUUUGCAUCUAGUAUGAGAUCAGCAGUGCCUGUUCUAUUCUGCACCGUUCAUUUUUAUCAUCAUCAUUAACUCCUUAAGACUUGCGUCCUGAGUGGACUAAAUCGUUAAAGGAAUGUCGUUUAAGAAGAAACUACCAUUGUCCUGCUUCCAACAGUGAUUAAAUAGUUAGAGAUCAGAGACUUUGUGAUGUGAGGAAAUUUUUUAAUGAAUGUUGAACUGAAAAGUCAUCAACAGUUAAUGAUCUCAUUACUCCAGUGUAAAAUGGGCUUCAGCUGAUUCAAAACUCUUAAUAAGAUGUAUUAAGAUUUGGAUUUGAGUACAUGGAGCUCAGUGCUCUCUCCUCAGUGGAUGGCAGAAUUGAUGCUUCUGUUACCAGAGUGUAGCUGGUAACAGAAAAUGCUUUUGUGUCAUGUUUUUCUUUUUUUUUUUUCUUUUUUUAAGUGCAAUAACUGAGUUUUAAGAAGAAUUCCUCUCUUGAAUGUUUUGCAAAAAGUAAGGAACUAUUUACUGUAUUAAAGACACUGAAAUCAAAACUCAUGUUAGCUCCUGGGAAAGCUUUAAUAAGUGGUCUCGUUUGUUAUUGAAAUUAUUCUGCGUUCACUGGUAUCGUGUUAUUGAACCUUGGAUACAUAUGUAAAAAGCUAAUAAAAAUUAUAAGAGUAUGUUAUGUUGCCUAGUAUACUUUGUUUUGUAAACUGUAGAUUUGAGGCGGUUUCAUUUGCUGUAAAAUUUAUACAUUCUCCGUUAUUCUGAGUUUGUCUUUCUACCCAUAUCUUAGUCAGGGUCAGUGACACCGCCAGCAUCUUGUUCAUCAGAACCAUCCAUGCUCUCCCUUUCAAUUUUAUUCAAGUAGAAUGUAUUUUUGUCCCCUUUUUCCAGUUUUACUCUUUAUAUACAGAAUGCAUGUAUAUACACUGUAUAUAUAUAUGUAUUUAUGUAUAUGAAGUGUAAGUCAAUCAUGUGGAUGUGCAGGUUUGGCAUUGUACAAGGGGCCAAUGUGGUUGUUGCGAUACUUCAUUCCAAUAAGAUUUUGUUAUCCAGUAAGUCCAUCUGAUGUCUGGUGAUGUCUUUAAAAUGUGCUUUUAUAGUUAGGGAUAUUUCUGUCAAUAUUGAAACAUUGUAAUUCUUUUGUUAACAACUUUAAUGUUGAUUGGUGUAUAAGGGGAGGGGGAAUUAUUCUUUAGGAUUAUUUUCAGUUUUAUCAUUUUUUGUCCUUUGGUGAAAUCAUUCACUGGUGUGAGACAUUGUGUGGAUGAAAGUUAUACUUGCAUUUAUGCAGCUAUUCAGAGCCGAACACUUGCAUACAUUCAUACGCUCUUACUGGUAGAUGUUUUACGGAGGGUGCGGUUUAUCUUCCUUUGGACAUUACACAUCAUUGAAAGUAUUUGAUAGCACUUGUUGCAAGCCUCACCUGUAAAUAGACCUAAGCUUGGUUAUCAUUGAAGUUUCCUUUUGCAUUUUUGUGGUAAGUUUUACCACAGACCUAAGUUUUGUCUUUGGAUUGAAAUUCGUUACUGUACUGACAGUCUGACAACAGAUCGUGCGUUUUUUAACCUCACAGCAAAACGUAUCUACCUAGCAUAUAAAUGGAAGAAAGCAAACCUUUAUAAUUAUCAUUCUUGUAGGGGUUAACCCCCCAUGUGUUGAAUCUUUACAGUUUAAAGAGCAGUUGAAAGCUAAUCUUUUCAUAAAGCUGUUACAUAUGAAUGUCAUACGAUUGUUUGUGGAUUUUGCAGUAUCAUUGGGAACUAAGAAUCAGCUGCGAUGUAAUUCGUUGAGAAUGUGUAUAUCGCAUUAUGUUUGAGUGUGUGUGUCAUCGGUGUUGACUCUAUCAUAGUUACUGAACAGUGUGGGAAUGUGAAGUUGCACAAAUAGAGCUUUGAUGACGUUUUUAGAGAUAUGAUUGGUUGCCAAGAAUGCCAGUUACGUUGCUUGAAUACCACGCUUGCUCUUUGGUAAGAUAUACAAGUGUUUUAUAUUUUUGUUUUCUUUGUCAUUUGGUACAUUGUUAGGCUGUGCAAGCAGCAGGUGAUAGUAAAACUUGAUAAUUUCCAUGCCUGAAUGGAUAAUUUAGGGUUUUGUUUUAUAUAAAUCUUCAAAUAAAGGGACUUUGAAUUAUGCCCUUGCCAAAUUUUUAACUGCUUUGGUGGGAUCCAGCUAGGCAUACAAAAAGUUACUUAACACAUGAAUUAUUCUUCCUUUUUCUCAUGCUCUUUUCUUCAUAUUGAGUAGUCUGUUACUAUAUGUAAAGGAUUGUCAUAUCUUUGGAAACUUUAACAAAGGCACAAAUAGAUCAUGAAUACCUCAUAUAUCAGCCGUAGGUAUAAUUUUUUUCUACAUAUUAAUGGCAUUGGUAUUGUUUUGGAUUUGUUAAAAUUUUUUAUUACUGUUGGUAUCAGUUUAUGAUGAAUUUUAUGGAGGUAAGGUCAUUUGAUCAUCAUUAGUUUAUCACAUCAUCAUGUCCCACACAUUAAGUGUUUGUUUCCUUUUGACAUUGGUGGUUACAAGUGUCACUCGUACUUACUUUCAGGUGACUGUAUAUAUGAGAGCUUUAAAAUGUUCCUGGUUAUCUCAGUAGCUAUUCUGAUUAGGAGUUGGGGAUUUUUUCUUGGGGUUUCUGAUCUUAAUGUCUGUUGCUACUUUGAGUCAUAUCUUGACUUUUGACUUCCAUCUAAUAUUUUAGGAGGUUGUUGGCCACAUAAACAGACUAUCCUCAUGCUUGAAAGUGUAUAUUCAUUAUUUCCAUGCCAAUAAUAGUCUUGAGAUAAGUGUUCUCCUAGUCAUAUUUGCUUCAGGAAAAUCUGUUGUCACCUAUGUAACUUCUGUCCUUCGUGUCUUUUUUUUAUUUUUAUUUUUUAUUUUCAGUCAGUCUGUUAAAUAAUCCUUUCUCUUACUUCACCCUGCAUGUGUAAUGGAGUGACACCUAUCUGUGAGGUCAGAGUAGGAUUCAUAGUUUGAGAACUUGGGGGAACUUCUAUCCUUGACUUGUGUAGCAUUGCACUGUUUAGAAGCUGUGAACGUAAAAGAACAACUGUCCAAAGAUUCAAAGACAGGUAAUAGUCUGGGGAUUAAGAGGUUAUAACAUGUGAUCCAUUUUUUGAGAAGGGAAGCAACCUUUCAAGAAAAUGAAAUUGGUCUAUGUUAUGUCUGAUCUCUCACUGAAAUCCAUUGUUUUGAAGGCUUCAAGAUAUGUCUGUCAGACUACUUUGACUUUCAUUCCUAGUGCAAAUGGAGUCUGCUUAGUUUGGUGGUACAAUAGAUGGAAGUUUUUAAUACAUGAAUUGGAAAUUAGUAUGGCUGCGUUUUUGUAUGGAUUGUUGUCCCCUGAUGCUGUCAUGUCAUGUGUACUCCCCAUGAGAAUGGCAGAAAAGAUAAAUCUUGCAUGUCUUAACUCUGACAUAACAUUUGUAUUAUUAGCAGCUUCAGUGAAGUAGCUAGACUGUAUGUUCACUGCAUAUUGCAGUGGUAAGUGUGUGUGUGGCUACAGUUACAGUUAAGUGCAAAUUCAUUAUGUGGUUAGUGCGGUCUUUUCACCUGACAUGAAAAAAGAUUGAUCAGUCGAAGAAAGCCUCCAUAACUCAGAUAGGAGACUUUUUAAGAUGCAAGUUCUAAUCUGCCUCUAUGAAUAUAAUAUAUGAAAAUAUAAUAUUGUAAUGUAAUGUCAAGUCUGUCCAUAUUCAAAUUUAGGAAGCAUAGGAUACCCCAGUAUUGUAUUGUUAUCAGCGACUGAUUAGGAGAAAGCAUUAUUUUUGCAUAGGAUAAGGAAAUGGAUCGCAUGAGACUCGUCACAUCCUAACUCAUAUUCAGUGUUUAUUUAGGAGAAUUCUCUUGGAUUUUUUUCAAAGGGAAUUCCCAAGGUAGUAUUAUAAUUUAUGAUUUAAGAAAACAAGGGUGCUCUUCAAACUGUGGACAAACCCUUCAUAUCUUAAUAGUUUUCAACUUAAUCACGUUAGAAGUGAUGAUAUAUAUACUUUCAAAUAUCCCUGAUUCUUAAUCUUGUAUACUGAUGCUUAUUGGGAUAUUCAGGAUUUCUUUGAUUCCUAUAUUUUUGGGAUUCACAUUCAAUAACAGUAAAUUAGUUUUCAUUUGUGGGAGGGGGGAAGGUUGUACUGUAUAUUUUUUCUCUUCAUUUGGAAUGUGUGAAGAAUUGCCUGUCCAAUUUCUGUAGAAGUGAUGUUCUGAUCUUUUGAAGUGAUGAUAUUGUGGUACAGAUAAGGAUUAUGGCUAGUUUGGAGUUAAUUUUCAACAAGUUUUUAAUUUUGAUUUCUGAAAACCAAAAAAUCAGGCAGUAGUACGUAGAACCUAAACGGUAAACUCAUUUUUGACAUAUAGAACUGCAUUUUUCUCUUGUUUUUGUAGGUAUGUAAGUUUUGUUGUAAGUGAAUGAAUGAAUGCUAGUAUCUAUCACUUGUUCAUAUUCAUUGUUCUCACCCUCAUUCCUUUCAUGUUCAUUUGGUGUAUGGCAUUCAUCUGUACACCAUCUUCACUGGGCAUAAUCAUGAAUCUCCAUUGGCUGCAUAAUAGAAGAAGAAAUUCCAUCUGUCAUAAGUCAUUUUGCUUAUUGCCUGUAAAGCCUCAUAUAUUGAUGAUUUUUUCCCUUAUUUUUUAUUACUUUUUAAGUUUGUGUUUCCCACUUCACCUCUUCCAAUCCUACUAGUCAUUUCAUCGACAGAUGGGCACCUUUCAUUUUGCCAGUCAUGUUUAUUCAUGCAAAUUGUCAAUUGCAUCGAUUUUCGUCCAGUUUUGCUCAUGUUGCCACAGUACAUCUCAGUAUAUUCAUUCAUCCCAUCGACAUCAUUCACACAUCAGAUAACAUCGUUAUUUUUCAUAGCAUUCAUUUAUAUUUCUCGCAACAUCAGUUUGCACUGUGACAUCGGGCGUGAAGGUCCCUUUCAUAGCCUCAUCAGUCCACGUUCUUUACCAUCUCCAGGUUUCCGCCAAGGCUUUCUUUGCCUGUGCUAUUAUGUUAAUAUGUCAUAUUUGUUAGUUGUGAGUGUUUUAAACCACCAUUACCCAUCAUAUUUUGUAGAUUAUGAGUCACUAUGGAUCACUUAAAUAAAGACAUUUCAUGUAA